GUGGUCACAUGACCUUGAAAACGCUUUCUUUAUGAUUGAAGGCUACAAGAAAGCAGAGAGACUCACGGAAAUGGCUGACGGAGAAGAAAACCAGAGGCUUUUAAAUGAAAAUGUUUAUGAGGAUGGAACCAGGAGACGCAUGUCCCCGAUCUGUGACCCGAAUCAUUUACUCCACCGCCUCGUCGUCCUUUUUCUGAUGUGCUUUCUGGGAUUUGGAAGCUACUUCUGUUAUGACAACCCAGCUGCUCUUCAGAAACAAGUCAUCCAGGAUAUGGACUUAAACACCUCUAAGUUCAUGCAACUUUAUGCAUGGUACUCAUGGCCCAACGUAUUUCUCUGUUUCUUGGGAGGAUUUUUGUUGGACAGGGUUUUUGGCAUAAGGUUGGGGACAGUCAUCUUUGCACUGUUUGUGUGUGUUGGACAGGUCAUAUUUGCCUUGGGUGCUUUGGUCAACCAUUUCUGGCUAAUGGAAUGUGGGCGCUUUGUUUUUGGCAUUGGAGGAGAGUCGUUGGCUGUCGCUCAGAACACGUAUGCAGUGAAUUGGUUCAAAGGAAAGGAGCUUAACCUGGUAUUUGGCCUGCAGCUCAGCAUGGCGAGAGUGGGAAGUACAGUGAAUAUGAACAUCAUGAGCUGGGUGUAUGAUCAGAUGAAGGGCUUAUUGGGCCGAACGGGUCACUACACUCUCGGAACAGCACUCAUGAUCGCGGGCGCAACAUGUGUCUUAUCUCUGGUCUGUGCUCUGUUGUUGGCCUACUUGGACAAACGAGCAGAGAGGAUCCUCAACAAGGAGCAGGGAAAGACUGGUGAAGUGAUCAAGUUAAAGGAUGUAAAGCACUUCCCCGUCCAACUGUGGAUGAUCUUCAUCAUUUGUGUGGGAUAUUACGUAGCCAUCUUCCCCUUUAUUGGCUUGGGACAGGUUUUCUUCAUUGAAAAGUUUAACUUCUCUCCACCUCAGGCAAGAGCAAUCAACAGCAUUGUGUACAUCAUCUCAGCUCCAGCCUCCCCUUUGUUGGGUUUCAUGGUGGAUAAAACGGGCAAGAACGUCAUAUGGGUUAUGUGUGCUGUGGUCACAACUCUGCUUGCUCACAUGAUGCUGGCUUUCACCUUCUGGAACCCAUGGUUUGCUAUGGUCCUCUUGGGUGUGUCAUAUUCACUGUUGGCCUGUGCUCUGUGGCCAAUGGUGGCCUUUGUAGUGCCAGAACACCAACUGGGCACAGCAUAUGGAUUUAUGCAGUCCAUACAGAACCUUGGUUUGGCACUUAUCUCCAUGGCAGCAGGAGCCAUUCUUGACAGCAAGGGUUACCUCUUCCUGGAGGUCUUCUUCUGUGCAUGCAUCUGCUUGGCUCUGAUAGCGGUGGUGAUGCUUUACCUUGUGGAUUUUGUCCGAGGUGGAGAACUGAAUCUUUCGGCCUCGGAACGUGCCAAACUCCAGAAGAGCUUGUCUGCUGAGUCAGAGUGAUAGGUGUUAAUUUCACUGGCUUCACCCUUCCUGCUGUGAUCUGUCUCACUGGACAUCUCAGCCUGUCAUUCACCCACCAAAGGGCAUUUCUGCACACCUACUCCUCAUCACACUGACCACUCUAAUACCACCACUGGGAUAGAGGGUCCUCUUAAAUAGCCUUCUCCCCACAGAUAGAACUUUUAAUAAUCACUGUUGUGUUUAACCUGGUUUGUAAUAUUGUACAAGCUGAGAGGAGGCUGAGAGAAUCGAUAUGGCUGGUUAGGUCAUGCCAGAGAGGAUGUCCUGCCAAGCCUCUAAACCUGCACCUAAGAACAGCAGGACACUGAAAAUACCACUUCCUUUUUUACUCUUGGUAUCAUUUAGUGGCUGUUCUGUUCACAGACCUUUGCACUGGUGAAUCUUCUCCUACUGGAAAACUUACUGAAAUGUAGCUUUUGCUUCAUCUGUUCACAGGGGCACAGGUUCACAUGCUACAUUUUGGUAUUUCACCCUCUGGGAGAAGCCAUACUUCGCUCUUUCUUAGUUUUAAGGACCGCAGGUCUUUUAUUUCUGGUUUUAUUUUUUUAUAAGAGAUUUAGAAUUUUUUGUUAUUCAAAUUUUUGGUGAAUUUCUGUCACAGAUUUUAUUAUUACAAAUAAUUUUUUUAUGCGAAUAGUGACAAUUCCAUUUGCGUGUAGUAUCUAUUGCACAGUAUUUACACCAGUCAGCCUCUACAUGAAAACCACUCACAGGAAAAAUCAAUAACAUGGCUACCUUGUUACAAUGGCACCUGUCAGGGGGUGGGAUAUAUUUUGCAGCAAAUGAACAGUAGUUCUCGAAGUUGAUGUACUAGUGACAAUGGUGCAUCUCCAAAACAGCAUGUUAUAUGGGCCGUUUCAGGUAUGCCGUGGUUAGUAUUACCAAAAAUCUGCAAGAAAUGUAAAGUGGUCCAUGGAAUGGCAUUGGUUACGAGGUCAUUGAUGCCCAUGGGUACAAUCCUGCAGAAAAGCUUGUUGUAAAAAUUUAAUACUUUAUAUGAUACUUACAGGAUCUGCUGCUAAUGUCUUGGUUGUCAAAUACUACCACACACCUUUUAGAGGUAUAUUUGACAGAUCAGAGCUGUUUUAACUCUAUGGGACCUACAAUAUUAGGUAGGCGGUCGUAAUGUUAUGGCUGACCGGUGUAUUUUCUCUGCAUCAUCCUUUUUAUGGUAUUAAUAAAGUUAAUUGAACAUGGUAUCAUAACUGCAUAUAAUAUGAUAGUUUAUUUUAGUGGACCCCAUAUGCUUUUAAGCAUAUCAGUAUAAUUUUUAUACAUUUCAGACUUUUGGGAAAGUUCAUAUUUGUUACAAUUGUGCAUUAUUGAUAUUAAAAUGGAAAAGUAUCAUUGGAGCGUUCUAUAUAUGCAUUGUUCUUAUUGCAUAAAAAUGUAUACAAAAUGUAUUAAUAUACAAUUUAUUGAUUUUAACAAAUCAUCAUUGGUUAGAAUAAUCAAGAAUUACACACACUUUUUAUUGGUCUGCUGUUAAAUCACUUGUAGGCCAAUGCAGACAGCAAAUAUGAUGCAAAAAAGCUUUCUCUAUCUGCAAACCUCUGCACAUUUGAAAAUGCAUUUCAUUUCAUUUUCUCACUCUUAUAGGACUUUCUUAAGAGCCCAGAAUGUGUUGCAUUUCCUGUUUCUAAAAUGCUCAUGCUCUAAAUUCAAGGCAAAGGAGGGAUUAGGGUGAAAGAGGAAUUUUUUUCAGUUAUUCAUUUUUGCUUUGUCAAACACAUUGUACUAGUUUUCUUGUAUAGCCCAUUUUCUUCACACUGAUUCCUAUACUAACUCACUAACUGAAGGAAGUAAUGAAGAUAAAUCAGCCCUGAUGUUAGAUGUAAAAAUGAUCUUAAACAAAUUAAUUCAUCUUACUUGUACGUUGUAGAUUGGUCAGUAAUUUAGGACCCUUACCUACUAGCUUACUAGUAAAUACAGUUAUCCAAAGCCCAAUCGUAAAGGGGUAAAGUUGAAAAUGAAGAACUGGCAAAUGGCCUGCAAACAGCAUAAACUCAACAAAUCGUAAAUAGGAAACAUUUAGGAUCACAAUUGAAAUAUCAUGGCUUGGGAAGUAAAAAAAAACUGAGCAUUACAUUACAAUGAGGCAGGGAGGUUCAAAGUCUGACUAAAAGAAAUUUGUAGCACAGUGGUUAAGAUUUUUAAGUCCAAGCUGCUACUGCUAAAGCCCUUGAGCAAGAGCCUUAACUCUCAACUGCUCAGUUGUAAAAAUAAGAUCAUUGUAAGCCAUUCUGUAUAAGAACAUCUGCCAGAUGUCACAAAUGUACCUAAUAUUUGUAAAUAAAUUGCAAGGAAAGUUAGUGAGUAUGUCAAAAACAGUAAUGGUAUUUUUUCUUUCGUUUUUUUUUUUUUUUUUUUUUUUUAAUAAAACAAUUCCAUGUAUUCAGGAUGUUGGUCAUGUUCAUGUUGAAAUCUAACUAAGAAACUUUGUGAACCUUCCAAAUAACCAAAUAGUGUCUCUUCUAUCCUAAUCAAAAGGAUCACUUUGUUACUGAGACGGUAAUCUUGAAUCAAAAUGCUUUUUGGCUUCACAUUAAUCGUUGCUUGUGAAGUACUGUUUGCCUUGUAGCAUAAUAAUUGCCAAAACCCUGACAGAAUAUACCUUUGCAUUCUCUGGGAGAAGAUUAAUAAUAAUGGGUUGUUUUGAAAUUUGUCAGUAGUCCCAUUGGGAUUGCGAUUUCAUCCUGCUGUUAAUCGUUUAAUAUGGAAACGAGUUGCUGCAGUAGACUGUCUAAUGAGUUUGAUUAAAAGACCUUAUCAGAGGGUUUAAAAACUCUCACUAUGAUGUUUGAUGUUAAGUCAUGUUCAUGAAUCACACUGAAACCUAUUGCCUCGGGAAGAGGGUCUGGAUUAGAACUAGCAGGUUUUUUGUAUUCAAAAGUGGCCCCAGAGUCUGAGGGGAAAAAUAUAAAUUACACUUUCUUUUACACUGUGUAAACUCUGAGGGUUGGAAGAAGAAAUAAAGGAUGAAGUGAUUUCACAUUG